AUGGUGGUGGAUAUGGACAAUGCGACGAGGCUCAUCGGAGACCUGCAUCAGAAGCUAGCCGACCUCGACCACAAGGUUGCAGCCUACCGCCAAGACAUGGCAACCGAAUUCUAUAGGUACUCCCAGAAGCUCCUCCAGAAUCUCCCACGAGACAAGCAAGCCGAGGUCGACCGUCUCGUCGCCGCUUCCUUCCACAACUAUCCCAAUCUCGCUCCCGCCCUCACUCUCCCACGAGACCACCCUGACUCACCCCCACCGCCGCCGCCCACCGACGAGCCCGACAAGCCCACCGAAACCACCUUCCCCGACCGCCGUGCCCCGACCCCGACGCCGCAGUCGACUCCCUCCUCUGCGCUUCCCCCAUCCGUCCUCUCUCAUGCCGGAACUGCCACCCUAACCUCUCCCGACAGUACACACGACCGGGAAAGGGAUAGGGAACUGCACGGCCUCUUCACUCCGACCUACCUGCCUCUGCUCGACAGUGCACAACCGCCCCCCGCGACGAACCACUCGCCAGUCCUCUCACCACCAUCAAAGACCACCACCGACGACGAUAUGGGUCGGCGCAAUUCCGGACAGGCAAGUGACCGUCCCGCUGUGCAGGUGUCUGUCGCCGCGACGCAGAUGCCCGAGCGGCCGAACCACGAGCGCCGGGCGACGGACGAGACAACCUCCUCGGGCACCUCUGAGCAGAGCGAAUCCAAGGUCCGCCGGAGUGCCUUGCGACGGGCGUCGAGCGGCGGAUCUAAGCCCCCCGCCAGCCCGCGUCGAGUACGCUUCGAGUUUGAGGGAACCGAGGUGCUGCCUACAGCCUCGCCGCAGUCGUCAGAGCCGUCACUGGUGCAAUCACAUACCCUGGCCAACUCGAGGUCACCACCCCCGCCUGAAGAUGAGUCAAUGACUGUCGAAUCUCUGCUGGGCCCUGAUGAGGACCUCGGGCCCCCGCCAAAGAAGGUGUCUUCCUCCCAGGCACUCCGGGCUCUCUCCAGAGCUCCCUUGGAUGCGAAUACCGUAUGGACUGUGGUGAACCCUGACGUCGCUGGGUCCGAGAAUGGCAGCAUGGCGACGUCUGAUUCUGAGAGUUUUUUGCACGCGAGCAGCUCCCGUCAGCCUCAAAUCCAACUCCAGGACCCACCGAAGAAGGUUGAAGUAGAGCGUGGGCGUGAACGCGAGCGCCAGCGCGCCCCAGACCCACCGGCACCUCUAAAGCCAGUCCGCGCAGCGAGGGAUUACGACAGCGACGAGAGCUCUUCCGACGACGAGUUCCUUGCCAUGGCGAAGCCAAAGUCGUUUGCUAACAAGAAGGCCAUCAUGUCUCCGACAUCACGUUCGCCAACAAGGACAGUCCCCGUACCCCAAAGCCCCAGCUCGGAAAAGCCAGCACCUCACACAGCGACCAAGUCGUCAAGUCGGAGUGGCGUCGAGGAGGAAGAUGAUGAGGACAUGUUCCAUUUCGAGGGAUUGAGUGCUCCGCCCAAGCCUCGGGCCAGGCCUGCACCGAUACAAGAAGAGGAUGAAGACGACAACGAGGUUGAAUCAAGUGAACCUGUGGUGCAGACACUGUACUCAACCUCACCCGCCGUGUCCAUUCCCAAGCAAACAGAGCCGCAGAUCCCAGCGCACCUCAUCUCUGGGUCGGUCGGGUCCUUCAGGGGUCGACCUGUGAUCAUGCCGGUUGUCAAGAAUCCCGAUGUGUACCAGCAAGCAGCCUCGCUGGGUGACGUCAGCAGCUUUAUCGGAGGUUUGGACGGACGUAGCGGCGUCGACGAUGGUGAUCUCAGCAGCUAUCGCGCCAGCGUUGGACAAGCAUUGUUCUCGGGGACGCCUCGAAGUUUGACAGAACGAAUGAUGAUGGAGGAAGCACAGAGCCAGCGACGUGCCGCUGCUCAGCGACCGCACUAA